CUUCUCUCAAACGCUCACACCCACAUGCACACCCACUUACGGGAUGAUUCUAAGACUGUGGAAGAGAGUGCACCAAUUUUAAAUUCAAGUCCCGGGGCGCUCCUGCUUCCUUCUUUCUAGCCAGGAAUAACUGCUUCCAAAGCGACUCAGAGUAGGUAACAAACUCUGCCCAGCUGGAACCCGCCCAGGGCACAGGACAACCCCGCGCCGGGCGCACAGCCCAGCUUCGAGCUCAGCUCGCUGGGGCGGGCGGGCGGAGCCAGGUGGAGAGAGGGAGAGUGUGCGUUUGGUCCGGGGCCGGGCUGGGAACAGGGGGCGGUGCUCCUCUCUCUCCCGUGGCCUCGAGUGGGAGAAGAGGAGGAAGACUUGAGUAGCUUCUUCUUCAAGGCGUAGCCUUCGCCCCGCCCCUCCACUCUUGAAGCCGUAGAGCGGUCGGUACUGGACUACUCUUCUGGAGCCUGAGGACAGCGCACUGAAGCGGAGCUCCUCUAGCAUCUGGCCAGUAUGUGCCGGGUCCCGGGAUCCCCGAGAGGGAGAGAGAGAGCCGUGAGCUCCUGUGGCCUCGCGCGAGGCUCGUGGUCGAUGCUGCCAGGACUGCUGCCGCUGCUGUUUCUGCACGCGCUCCUCUGGUCUGGGGUGAUCUCCUGGAAGCUCACCAUCCUGCACACCAAUGACCUACACAGCCGGCUGGAACAAACAAGCGAGGACUCUGGCAAAUGCUUCGUGGUUGAGAAGUGCGUGGGCGGCGUGGCCCGCUUGCACACCAAGAUCCGGGAGAUACGCGGAGCUGAGUCCAAUGUGCUGCUGCUGGAUGCGGGAGACCAGUACCAAGGGACCGUCUGGUUCACCGUGUACAAGGGCGCCGAAGUGGCUCACUUCAUGAAUGCCUUGGGUUAUGAUGCUAUGGCCCUGGGAAAUCAUGAAUUUGAUAAUGGAGUGGAGGGAUUGUUGGGUCCACUACUUAAAAAAGUCAAGUUUCCAGUUCUCAGUGCUAAUAUUAAAGCCAUCGAGCCUCUUGCAUCUCAAAUAUCUGGGUAUUAUCAUCCAUACAAAAUUUUAACUGUUGGUGAAGAGAAAGUGGGAAUCAUUGGAUAUACUUCCAAAGAGACACCUGUCCUUUCAAAACCAGGAAAAUAUUUAAAAUUUGAAGAUGAAAUCCCUUCCUUGCAGACCCAAGUGGAUAAGCUGAGAACUCUGGGUGUGAAUAAAAUUAUUGCCUUGGGCCACUCGGGUUUUGAAAUGGAUAAGCUCAUUGCUCAAAAGGUUAAAGGAGUAGAUGUUGUAGUAGGAGGACACACAAACACCUUUCUCUAUACAGGCCGUCCACUUCCAUCCAAGGAAGUGCCUGCUGGAGACUAUCCAUUCAUCGUCACAGCUGAUGAUGGGCAGAAGGUCCCAGUUGUUCAAGCUUAUGCCUUUGGAAAAUAUCUGGGAUACCUAAAUGUCGAAUUUGACAAUGAAGGAAAUGUAGUCACAUCACAUGGAAAUCCUAUCCUCCUAAACAGCAGCAUCCAAGAAGAGCCAACCAUAAAAGCUGAUAUCGAUGCAUGGAGGGUAAAACUGGACAAUUAUUCUAAGCAGGAGUUAGGGAAAACCAUUGUCUAUCUGGAUGGCUCUACACAAUCCUGCCGCUUUAGGGAAUGCAACAUGGGGAACAUGAUUUGUGAUGCUAUGAUUAAGAACAACAUUAGACAUCCUGAUGAAAAGACUUGGAACCAUGUUUCCAUGUGUAUCCUGAACUCAGGAGGCAUUCGAUCCCCCAUUGAUGAAAAGAACAAUGGUACAAUCACAUGGGAAAACCUGGCUUCUGUGUUGCCCUUUGGGGGCACCUUUGAUCUCAUCGAGUUAAAAGGCUCCACCUUGAAAAAGGCCUUUGAGCACAGCGUGCAUCGCCAUGGCCAAGGCUUUGGGGAGUUCCUGCAAGUGGGUGGCAUCCAUGUGGUGUAUGAUCUGAGGAAGCAACCCGGGCAGCGAGUGACUAGUUUAGAUGUCCUCUGUACCAAGUGCCGCGUGCCAACUUAUGUGCCUCUCCAAACGGACGAAGUCUACAAGAUUGUCCUCCCCAGCUUCCUCGCUGAAGGAGGGGAUGGAUUCCAAAUGAUUAAAGAGGAAUCUUUGAAGCACGACUCUGGUGACCAAGAUAUCAAUGUCGUUUCUGAAUAUAUCAGCAAAAUGCAGGUGGUUUAUCCAGCGGUUGAAGGCCGCAUCAGCUUUUCUUCGGGCGGUCACCUUCGAGCGAGCCUCUUCAUCAUCUCUCUCACAUUUGUGGCAUUAAGUUUGGUUCUUUACCAGUAACUAAGUUUUUUUUUUUUCCAUGAAACUUAUGAGGGGGGAGGGGCCACAAACAGACUGCUCUGCAAUUAUAUUUUUAAAAUAUUGGACAGGGGUUAGGUUCUAAUUUGUGCUCAGUGACCUACCAUUAUGAAGCAAAAUUCAGCUUCACAGGGCUCCUUGAAGCAAAUGCUUCCUGAAUUAUAACAACUCAUUAUUUGGGGGGAUUAGAAAGCCACGAAUGAACAGGAAAAACACAAGGAUGAUAAAUGUCCCUCACCCUAAGCAAACUUUUUAGCUUUAAUGUUUUAGGAUUCAGUGGGUCCAAAUCUGGCCUCAGACACGUACUAGCUGGGUGACCCUAGGUAAGUCACUUAACCCUGAUUGCCUAGUCCUUGCUGCUCUUCUGUCUUAGAGCUGAUACUAAGGCAGAAGGUAAGAGGUGUUUUGUUUUGGUUUUUUUUUAAGUUUUAUUCUUUUAAAAAAAUUUUUUUUGAAUUUAAGGAUAGUGGGUAACAAACAACAAAAAAAUCACUAAGUGGGUACCACUUCCCAGGCAGUUUAAAAAUAUAUUUUUUAAGUCUAGUAGAAACGAUCCUCCUUUUCUACACCCAGCCCAGGAUGUCACUUCUAGAAGUGCAGACAUUUCAGAGAGAGGUUUAGUGUCUUCUCUCAUUGUCACUCUCAAUUGGUCUCUUGUACACUAAAAGCAUUGUUUUUGAGCCAUUCUUACUCAAUGCCCUUCAUGCUUGAAGCAGGUGGUGGAGAACUUGCCCGGUUAAUGUGAUAUGAGUUCCAGGGCGGGAUUUUCCUCUUCCUUUUUUUAAAGGUUUUUAGUUGGAAUAGCAGUAUGACAUAAUGAAGAGCCUCAGAGUCAGUUUCAAAGAGUUAGCCUCAGGUCCUGACUCUGUCACAUACUUAGCUGUGUGUCUACAGGCAAAGCCAUUUAACGUCCCAGUGUGCUGGGCAGCUUCCUAAGAUUUUAGGAUACAAAUGAACUUCUGAUCCAGUUUGGUAGAGGGAAUUUUCACACUAGGAUUUCUUAGCAUGAAAAAAGUCAGACUUAAAAAAAAAGAUUUUUCAUACAUUUCACUUGGAUAUUAUAUACAUAUAUGCAUAUAUAUAUAUACUUAAGCAAAAAUGCAUGUGAUUAAUGAAGAACAGAUAUUUCAAGUAGCCUUAUUUUCUCCAUGAACAUAUGCCAAUUUCUUUUUUUUUUCCAAACCCUUACCUUCUGUCUUGGAAUCAAUACUGUAUAUUGGUUCCAAGGCAGAAGAGUGGUAAGGGCUAGGCAAUGGGGGUCAAGUGACUUGGCUAGGAUCACACAGCUGGGAAGUAUCGGAAUCCAGAUUUGAACCCAGGACCUCCCAUCUCUGAGCCGAUUUUCAAUCCACUGAGCCAUCCAGCUGCCCCCUAUGCCAAGUUCUUAAAGAGAGAAUCCUACUAAUAACAGAUUUGGGGUACCCCCUCUAGAUUCAUCAGUUUUGUUCCCGUUGCUUUUCUUAGCUGGAUAAAUUUUAUAAUCUAAAUACAUGAAAAUGGACCUAUCUGGAUUGUCUGGCUCCCUUUAUCAAGGAAAAAAAUAAUUUGCCUUUCUCUCUGUUUAGCAAACUGUAUAGGACAGAAGGCACAGAAAGAAGUUAUAGCAAGGAGAAACAGGGUUAAAAAAAAAAAGGAAAAGCUAGAUCAUUGAGGACCGAUAUUCUACUACUAGAAUAGAAAAGUAUGAUCCCAGCAGUAAAGAUUUGUAGGAAAAUGAGGCUACUUACCAGUUAGCCCCAAUAGUUUUCUAUUCUUUCAACUACCCAGUUUCACUUAUGGGUACAAUAAGACCUCUCAGAGGGGCUUCCUAGCAAGACUGAGCCCAGGUCAUCCAAACAGAGGAGACAAUCCAUCCUGGGCCCUUAGUUCUCUAAGGGAGAAAGUUCCAUCACCCACCACCGUAGCCUAUUGGUCUUGGUCUGAUGUCUGUUUAAUCAGGAUGCUUCAAUUAUAUUAGGGUGGACUAUUGUGACCAAAUACCAUGUCUGCGGUGGCAAACCGACAGGAUUAAGUACCAACAUGCAGCAGGUAGGAGGCAUUUAACUAAAAUUGGACAAUAUAAAUAAUUCUUGGGCUCCACAGGAUCAGAUUUAAGGCCGUGACUUUACAGGUCAUCGAGGGUCAAGCCUCUCACUUUACAGACAAGGAAACUGAAGGCUAGAGGUGAAGCGACUUGCCCCAGGUCACUAUACUCAUGUAAGUGCCUCUAUACAUGUUUAUAUGUAUGUAUUUAAAUGUAAAUAUAAGUAUACAGAGAAGUGGCAAAAAUGCUGUCCUUUCCUUACUGGAAGUACCUGGUCCAUCUUUGGGAAAGGGCGGAGUGCUUGGAAGCAAUAGCUUUAUCAUCCCACUUUGGGUAGCCAGAAAGACCCUGAUAGGAAACCGAAAGAGAAAUAAGGGCACUGUGGGCAGGGGUGAGAUCUGGGGAGGAGACGGAGGUCUGGAAAGAGAAAUUCACUGAAAUCCACCCAAGGGAGCCCAGAAACAUACGAGCUUUGCAUUGGUAAUUGAGAAGAGCCAAGCUAAGGGAAUUCCCCUUGAAGUACUUGCUUCUCUGGCAUAGCAAUAGAUGACACACGUAAGCAACCCAAGAAGGAGGAAUCAUCCCCUGACCAAACAAGUGGGGAAAACAGCUGCUGACAUACCUCAUUUUUGUCUUCUCCUUCCUGUGUCCAAAUAAAAGCAUCCUAACUGGAAAUAUCCCUAUCUAGCUCUUCGUUAAAAACCUUACUUCAGCAGGUUCACCCACUCGAGUCAUAAUGCUUUUUUCUACAUGCAGCUCAGCUUAACAGUUGGAGGAGCCGUUAAUAAGGUCAUAAAAGCUAACAGUUUGGGGUGCUCCUUUUUCUUUCUUUUUUUGUAAAGUUGGGAUGAUUAAAUGGAUUCGUUUGUUGAAAAAUGAGAUUUUAUACUUUUUUAAAUGUAAAAAAAAUAAAUUAUUUUAUGAUGGUAUUAAAGAAUGUCAGUAAGUAGCCUAGAGCACUUUGCAAAUGUGCACUAUGUACAAAUUGUAAGCAAUCAAAUUCCAUUGAGGACUGACUAGUCUUGAGUAGUAACUGCUAGCCUCAAAGUAUAUGGGUGUGUGGGUGUAUAUUUUUAUAAGUGUGUAUACAUAAGCUUCAUUGAAUAGAGAUGAAAUUUUUGACAGUCUCCUUUUGGGGGUUUCCUGGACAUCACACAUAUUUUCUUGGUCCCACCCCAUUCAAAGAAGUAUUCACAAUCCCAGCGCCCUACAGCUAUCAUCACCUCUUAGGGAGGCACAGUUUCAAAGGUGUUCCUGACUCUCCAGGAAUUGGGUACCUUUCAGGGACCUGUGCCAAUAAGAUCUUUUUAGUCAACUAUUUAUUAAUCAAUAAACAUUUAUUAAUAAGCACAUGUUAUGUUCCAGGCACUAUUGUGCUCAUCACUGGGAAUACAAAAAGAGAUCAGAUAGUCUGCCCUCAAGGACUUGAGUGACUCCAUUUGAAAUACACCAAUAUUUUCAAAUAAAUGCAUUUUUUUAAACAAAA